AUGAACUCGUGCAUCUUAGCAGGGAGCAUUCAGACCACACCCCAGGUCUCUUCUGGUGACUCUGAAGCCAAACCUCUGAUCUUCACGUUUGUCCCUAGCCGAAAACUGCCAACUCACACUCAGCUGACUGACACCUCCAAAUUCCUGGUUAAGAUUCCUGAGGAUCCAAGUGAUAAGAAUCCAGAAACUGUCAACAGGUCUGAUUCUAAUGACUACUCAGUCUUGAACACUUGGAGCCAACAAGACAAAGACCACGAGACAUUGACGAAUACUUUAGAAGUCAGUGGAAAGAGUUCCCAGGAAAGAGGGCUUAAAGCAAGGGAGUCAGAAGGCAUGCAGCAAAGUGACCUCUUCAAAGCUGAAUAUGUUUUUAUUGUGGACUCUGAGGGAGAAGAUGAAGCAGCAAGCAGAAAGGAUGAACAAAGUCAUUUAGUGUCAACAGGCACCACAGCUGCCCGACCCAAGACUUUGGCAAUAACCUCCAAUCUGGGGUCUGAUACAGUGCGUCCCAAGACACGGGGCACUGAUCCGAAGGCCUCAUCAUAUUCUGAAAUGGCUCAUGGGCUGGGCCCUCAGCAAAGGCCUGCGCAGAGACCACCACCUGACCCACUUAACCUCGACGGAGCCUCUGUCCUAGAGGAGUUCCACACUAGGAGGCUGGAUGUCAGUGGGGCCUUGGUAGAAGAAACGGCUACGUAUUUCCAAAGUACCAGCCACUCCUCAGACUUUUCUUCAUCGAAGGGCAUCUCCUCGACCUUACCAUUUCCCCAUUCCGCUCAGCUCUCAGGUUCUAAUGCAUCCAGCCAGACGGCUGCACACCAGAAACAUGGACUGACGUCUGAAGUUCUGAAGAAGUCGGCAGCUUUAGCCUCACAUGCCCAUAGUCCCAGAGAAAGUCCAAGAGCCCCUUCUCCUGCAUCAUCUGGUGGUGCUUCUCUGAAGCCGAAUUCUGCCUUGUAUAUCCCUGUCCGUAUUGUCACACAUUCACUCUCUCCGAGUCCAAAACAAUUUACCACCUCUUUCCAUGGCUCUUCUUCCACUCUCUGUAGCCAAAUGUCAUCUAGUGGAAGUCUCUCAAGGUCAGGGGUAAAGUCUCCAGUGCCCUCUCGGCUUUCCCUUCUCACAGCCAUUCUCAAGUCAAACCCAUCUCACCAAAGACCUUCAUCACCUGCAUCCUGCCCCACAUUCUCCCUCAACUCCCUGGCCUCUUCCACACUCACGCUGGAUCAAAAAGUAAAGCAAACUCCACCUAUGCCUAAAAAGUCUCUCUCCAGUUGUUCUGUCAGAUCUGGAUCUCCAGAUCAAGGGAGUCAACCGGUUUCUGAGCUGACCCAGCAAUCUUUCCCCCUAUCUUUUCCCUCCAAGACUCUCCCUGUUUCUCAACAGUCCUGCCUCUCUCCCACAAACGUUGUUAGUAGCAGCCCUUUCUCCUUGAAUGCAGAGAAAGCAACUUCACUCACAUUGUCAAAGAGUAAUACAAAGCCCUCCCUGCCACAAACCUACACACCGAGCUUUGCAGGUCUUCCCCCUGUCCCACUAAGUUCUUCUCUUUACUCUGCAAAGGGUAAACAGAAUGAUGUCCUCAAAAGUCCAGAAAAGCCCAGGGAUAUUUAUUCGUGCUCUUCUACAUUACCUUCCUCUCUACGGUCUUCUGUGUCUGCUCCUGUUAAUCAGAGUGCCACACUCCCCGUGCCGGAGAAACGUUUCCAACCUUCUUCAACUCUUUCAAAUCUGAUAAGCAGAUCCAAAGACACAUCAUCUCAGCUGUCUGGCCAUGAACUGAAUAUUUCUGCUUCUCCUUCUCCCCCCUUUUCCAGUGUUAGCUCUGUGUCUCUUCCAAACUUGGGGUUCUCCUCUACCCUUCCUACUCAUCUUCCCGCCCAGACGUUCCAGCUAAGUCCUUCAGCCCCGCAUCCAAUUUGUGACAGUGAUACCUUGCCUUCAAGACUUGGGAAACGUGAAAGCACAAUAUCCAGCCACAGGUCACCUGUCUCAACCCCAUCACCUCCUAUCUCUCUAACAAGAACCAAGGAGCUGAUGCCACCGUGUACAUUGCCCAUGGCAACAGGCCCUGAAAAUAAGAAACCCAAGCAAUACAAGAUCAAGUCAAGCUACAAGGCUUUUGCAGCAAUUCCUACAAACACAUUGCUUUUGGAACAGAAGGCACUAGAUGAACCUGCCAAGACUGAAAGUGUCUCCAAGGACAGCCCAUUAGACCCACCUGUGGAGCAUUCUUCUGAUUCUCCUUCAAGGUCCCCACGGACAUGGUUGGGUUCUAACACAAUCAAAACUUCUACAACUCUUCCGAGAGCAGCCGGUCGAGAAACGAAAUAUGCAAAUCUCUCUUCACCAUCUUCUACAGUAUCUGACACUCAACUGACUAAGCCUGGAGUAAUUCGUCCAGUACCUGUUAAAUCCAAAAUAUUACUGAAAAAAGAGGAGGAAAUGUAUGAACCCAACCCUUUCAGUAAAUACCUAGAAGAUAACACUGAUCUCCUCUCUGAGCAGCUGAGUCAUCCAAUGGUGGCUAUUCCUGAACAUGAAAGUCUUGAUUCCAAAGAGCAAUGAAGUUGAAUCUGCGAACACUGGCUGCUGAAGUUUUAUGGAUUGCUGGUGCUAACACUUGCUAGAUUAAGCUUACUUCUUUCAGAACGAGUGCUCCCUUUAUGAACUGCAGAGCAGCAGAGGCACUAAACAAAGUUGGCUGUGUGCAUACAGCAUCACAGCCCUCUAUUAACUUCUAGCACUCAAGAGAUUUACUUUUAGCUUCUUGCAUCUCUGAUUAUGCCUUUAAUGCCUUCUACCAUGCUGACAGCAAUACUAACAUCUCCUAUGUUUAGCAGCCAAAUAAAGAAGAAUCAUGGGUAAAUAGAAGAAU